UAAAUAAACAGAAAUAAAUAUUCUCCCACCAAAAAUGAAAAAGAAAAAUAAAAAAAAAUAAAAAAAAGGUUUUGCAACUUCUUCACGUUGCCUGACCUUCCCUUCUUCCUCUUUCCGCUCCAUCUAACCCCGACGAAAGACUGCAUUUUUUUGCUAAACCUCAGAAUUAUCUCUGAAACCCUAGUCUUUCCCUUCAAGCUUUUUCUCUUCAAUUCAGUUCCAAUUUUUAUGUCCACUUUAGCUAUGUCAAGUCUGGAAGAGCCGCUUGGUCUUGACAAGUUGCCAAGCUUGAGUACUAUUGAAAGGAUACGAAGGUUCUCAUCUAGUGCUUGCCGUCCCAGUGCUAAUGAUAUGGGAAUGGGAAAUUGCUGGAUUGAAGGAAGGGGUUGCAGCUCAUCCAACAGUUGCGAGGAAGAUUAUGAAGAGUAUACAGGAGAGACAUUUUCUUGGAAAAGACAUACCAGGGAUCUGUCGCAUGGUGAUUCCUUUAAUCGAAGUACUAUGAGCUUAGGCAGGAAGUCCAUGGUGUGUGGAACAGUUUGCGACUCAUGGUACUUUCCAGAUCAUCAAUAUAAAUCUAAGUCCAAUGACAAAGGCUUGCACAAUUUAAGAAAUAAGUUUUUGAAAGGCAUACCGAAGUUUGUCAAGAUAGUAGAAGUUGGUCCAAGGGAUGGACUGCAGAAUGAGAAAAAUACUGUACCUACAGGUGUAAAGAUUGAAUUGAUCCGCAGAUUAGUUUCUUCUGGGUUGCCAGUUGUUGAGGCUACAAGCUUUGUAUCGCCCAAAUGGGUUCCUCAGUUAGCAGAUGCAAGGGAUGUGAUGAGAGCAGUUCAAAGUUUGGAGGGCUCUAGAUUGCCUGUUCUGACACCUAAUCUAAAAGGAUUUGAAGCAGCUGUUGCAGCUGGUGCUAAGGAAGUAGCAGUUUUUGCAUCAGCUUCCGAGUCAUUUUCGAAGUCAAACAUAAAUUGUAGCAUUGAAGAGAGUCUUGUUCGGUAUCGUGCUGUUACACAUGCUGCUAAGGAGCUUGGAAUUCCUGUUCGUGGGUAUGUAUCAUGCGUUGUUGGGUGUCCCGUGGAAGGAGCAAUUUCUCCCUCAAAAGUGGCAUAUGUGGCAAAGGAACUUUAUGACAUGGGUUGCUUUGAAAUUUCUCUUGGUGAUACAAUUGGUGUUGGUACACCUGGAACUGUUAUUCCCAUGCUUGAAGUUGUAAUGGAUGUAGUUCCUGUUGAGAAGCUCGCUGUCCACUUUCAUGAUACAUAUGGGCAAUCUCUUCCAAAUAUUUUAGUUUCCCUACAGAUGGGAAUUAGCACAGUGGACUCGUCUGUUGCUGGUUUAGGUGGGUGCCCAUAUGCUAAGGGAGCAUCAGGUAAUGUUGCUACUGAAGAUGUAGUCUACAUGCUUGAUGGGCUUGGUGUGAAAACCAAUGUGGAUCUACCGAAACUCCUUUCUGCUGGGGAUUUCAUAAGCAAGCACUUGGGUCGCCCCUCUGGCUCAAAGACCGCUGUUGCCUUGACCCGAGUUACAGCUGAUGCCUCCAAGAUAUAGGUGGCUUGCAGGUUCCGCACAGAUACACAAACAGGGGGAACUGCGAAUUGAUUGCUGGCCCUCCAUGAGUUUCUGACAUGUAUGCCACAUAUAUACUUAUAUAUAGGAAUAAAAACCUAUAGCCGUAGACUCUACAUAUAAUUUCAGCAACAAACAAUCCAUUGUACUCAGAAGUAUGAUAUUAGUAGCAGAAGCUGCGUAUUGUGCUGAAUAAAAUAAAGCUCUGAUUAGCUUAAACUCGAACGAUUGAUAACUUGAUGAUUAAAGUUUAUGAAAAUGGGAUUAAAACCUCAUUGUAAUUAUUUUAAU